CAAAGCCGCUUUUCGGGGCGACUUUUUGAAUCUCCGCUUUCACCCUCGAAAAUUGCGUUGACUAAAACAACGAACAGUGGCCAUACGGUGGAGAGACCGGCUCACUGAAUUGCAUUGCAUAUCGCGAACGUUGUUGCACGAUGCGAACGAACGGAAUGUCGAAGAUGGCACUGGAGAGGUCGCCUCUUGCUUCAACAGACGCCCGUCAGCGACAAAAGGGUUCUGCCACAACUCAAACCUCUUCCAACGUAAAAGCUUUGAACGACAAAUCACCAGAGUCUAGACUGCCGUCUCCUCCAUAUAAUACUGCACCAGCGGCGCACGUCACACCGCACUCCAAUUCAGUCCAACCCACGUACCCUCUUCCACGACUGAAAUCUGCCCUCCGCUCUAUUUUGCUUCCCAUCAUCCAGUACGAAACCAGCGGAAUCGCGAAUUUGCAGAGAAGGAUACGAUCGCCGCUUGUAGAUGCCUGUUUCAAGUAUUUGGGCGCGUUGGGAACACAUACGGCGUUUCUACUGCUGCUCCCCAUGCUCUUUUGGUUCGAAAGCGGUGCUAUGAUGGACGUACACGGGCGAAGCGUGGAUGUUAAUAGAGUGUACGGGAGAUCACUCGUCCUCUUGUUGGCAGCGGGCGUUUACUUGUCAGGUGCCGUCAAGGAUUACCUGGGUCUUCCUCGACCCUUUUCUCCACCAGUCGCACGCGUUUCCGUCUCACGGUCCAUCGAUGCUGAGUACGGCUUCCCAUCAACACACACGGCCAAUGCGGUUUCCUUAUCGCUUUUUACAGGGCUCUUUUUUCUAAGACACUGGUCAGAUGGAUGGACAGACAAUGGUCAACGUAAUGUCCUGGCAGUCCUUACAUUGUAUUCCAUUUUGAUUGCAAUCAGUCGAAUCGUUACUGGGAUGCACACUUUGUUGGAUGUUCUCGGUGGGGCAGUGGUUGGAGGCGGAAUAGUGGUGAUACAUUGGCUGUGGACUAUGCCGAUGAUGGAGGAAUGGUUGAUGACAAGUUGGACCGUUCCUAUUAUCAUUGUUCCAAUCUGCAUCCUUCUAAUUAGUAUUCAUCCUGACCCGGACGGCCCUUGCCCGUGCUUUGAUGAUUCAGUUGCAUUUGUCGGCGUGGUGAUGGGUUUGACCAUUGGUAACUGGCAUCACGCCAUAUAUGUGGCAUCAAGUGGAUACACAGCCACCAGCAAAUCAGCUGCACUGGGACCUAUAAUGGUGAUACAAAGGCUGGUCUAUGGUGUUAGUAUAAUUGUUGCGUGGCGGUUAUCCGUAAAACGGAUUUGCUAUGCACUAUUACCCCCACUUUACCGGCUACUGGCAUUUCCCUUCGGACGCAAGUAUUUUGCUCUUGCCGACAAGGACUACCAGUCCAUUCCGUCGUCGCAUGUUGGGAGCUUUGCACCAUCUUUGCUUCACCUGCCGACUAGCGAACGCAACCGAUUCAAGCUCCCCCGAUAUGAUGUGGAUAUUGCCACGAAACUGAUUGUGUACUCUGGGAUUGGAUGGCUGGCUACAGAAGGCAUCCCAGUGUUAUUUGAAUUGCUAGGAUUAUAGUGUACAGUAAACCUGAUUUUGGGAUGCGAGAAUUCUCCGCUGAUGAUGAUGAGAUGGUUACAUAUAUAUUACCCAUUAUAAUAAGAGCCACCAUUAAAUAAAAGCCCC